UAAAUAGAUGUAGAAAACAAGGAUGUAUUAAAUGCUGGACCAGAAUGAGUAACCUGUCACCUCUCAUGAGAGAUAAUUGUGAUAUCUCCAGCUUCUACUCAACGAAAUUAUCCUGGAAAGGAAAAUACCGACGAGUUUUCUCAAUUGGAACAGAUGGAAUCACAACAGCCAAUCCGCAGAAUUUUCAGGUUACAAACCAAUGGGCAUAUAAAGAAAUAGCAGCAAUUUUGCCCAAACGCGACACAGGCGUACUGCACGAGUUUCACUUAAUUGUACAAAAACCUGGCAAAAAAUUGGAAACUCUUAAAUUUUCGUGCGAUCAUAGAGCGGAGCUUCUCACCACAGCGCUGAGAUUCAGAACUAAGUUCGCAGAUCAAUCGCAGUUUUCAGUUCAACAGUUCAAGUCCGAGAAACACCAUUGGUCGGACAAUAGACUGACUGUCACUUUACAGGUGACACCGAGCUCUGUGGACCAGCUAGAUUUGAGUACCGGAAAAAUUCUUUGUUCUUACGACUACCAAGAAAUAGAGGAAUUUGCUUUGGUGUCCGAUGACAUUGAUGCAUUUGCUAUAUUUUACGGUGGAUUCCGACGAAUGCACGUUUUUUCGUGCACUGGAAGAAAGGAGCUGAUUGACUUAGCAAUUAGAAAUGCCGAUCAACACGUGGGAGUGUGCAUUAAGUGCAAGGAGGGGAUUUUAUACUCCAAUUUCCAGAACUACAGACUUGGGAACUUCAGUGACGACGACUCCCUGACGUCUAUCGUGGAGUUCAAAGUAUCCAAGAUAUCCACGAGGACACUGGAACCCACUAGGAGGCUGUUGUGUGUGACUGAGAAGGCCAUCAUUGAACGAGACAUCUCCACAUAUAGUGCCAUCAAUCUUAAACCACUUUCAGAUGUGUUUGCGGUUGUGCGGGACUCCUCGAACCCUCAGCUGUUCACGAUAGAGUACGUCAAGUGUGGCAUCCGACAGUAUCUCUCAACUGAGAGAGACUCUCUCUUGGCCACUCUGUUGGACAGUGUGCGGAGUAGUGGCAACCACUUUGUGAGUAUUGAGAUGUGUCCUGUGGACAGGGGCAAAAGAGUCACCCCUCUAUUUGGACAGGUGGAGGACGACAUUGAGAUGUCACUCCUCAAGAUGGUACAGAUGUCCACUGGAAGGUCUUUCAAAAUUGCAGUAGACCGAUUCAAUGCCAACAUCAGCUACAAUGGACUCUCAAUGGCCAACCCAUCAGACGCACGUGACAAAUUAGUGCAAGCAGCAUUGAUAGCGUUGCUGGAAAAGGACGGAGAUAAUGACGUCACUCCGAAAGAAGAUCUUCAUGCGCAGUUCGGAGCCAUCAGAAGACUAGUGGCAUCCAAGCCAGGUUUCAACGCAUUCGGACUCAUGACUGGUGUGAGGGAAAAACUGGGAAAGAAGGUGGUGAAAGCGUUGCGUCGAGCAGACAGUGGUGUCACUCAUGCAGCUGUGGAAAUGCUAUGUGCACUCAUGCAGCCGAUGCAUGACAACUACGACUUGAAACAAGAGCAGAACAACAAGGCCUCCCUUCUAGCCUCCGACAAAUUCGUCGACAGUCUCUUGGACCUCCUCUCGAUCCACCUCUCCAGAGGCAGUGGUGCGCUAAUCAUAAGUGCACUGCUAGAUUUCAUCACGUACGCUUUGUGUGCACCCUACAGUGAAACUACGGAUGGUGCUACAUUCGAUAAGCUAUUGGACAAAGUGGCCAAGUUGGGCAGAAUCAUUUUCAAACUAUUCCAACAUCCAUCCAUGUCAAUCACAAAAAGUGCAGGUAUGAUCAUGCGAGCUCUGAUAGAGGAAGGAACAGAGACUAACGCCAGACACAUGCAGGAGUUGGCACUUGCGGAAGGUGCAUUUCCUAAGCAUUUGCUGACAGCACUGUUCACUGAUAUCACACCUGGUGCGAGAGGAGUGGACCGGAAAAUGCUGGCGUCAAGACAACUGAGUCGCUACUUGAUCGGGCUGUGGUACACAGGCAACGAUGAGGCCCUAGAUCUCCUGAAGAGGAUAUUCCCAGCGGGACUCUUGUCUUUCCUCCUGUCAGACGAGACACCGCCCUCGAAUGAAUUCGAGCUACUUUUGGUCAGACCGGACAAUUUGAAGGUGGCACAGGAGCAGAGCUCCAAGCCAAAGAAACUCAUCAACAUUAACAUUCCGACACAUGAAGUAGAAAGGUAUCUCUCCCACUGGAAAGGCAAGCUGGGCAUUCCUCCUUCUGCAGGCGGUGGCCUGAACCAGAAGAGUUCAGAGGAGAACCGACCGAUUGUGUUGAGGAGGAGGAGACAAAGGGUGAAGGCGGGUGAGAACUGGGCCCUGUUCUACUACAACUUCAACCAGGACCACCAGAUAUCUAACCUUAUCUGGAACCACAAGACUAGAGAAGAAGUUCGCGAGACACUCGAGAAUGAACUGAGAGCAUUCACGACCGACACAGAAUUGUCGGCAAAUGAGAACAUUGCUUGGAACCACAGGGAGUUCCAAGUGCGCUACACGUGUCUUGCAGAAGAGAUCAAAAUCGGAGACUAUUUCUUAAGGGUUCUCUUAGACGAAAGUGAAGACAAACUAUUUUUCCAGAGCCCCUAUGAUUUCUUCAACGAUCUCUAUCAUCGAUUUUUGACAUCGCAGAGAAGCGAUAUGCGGUGCAUUUGUCUGCAAGCGAUGACAAUUGUAUAUAGAAAAUGCCAUACAGACAUUGGUCCUUUCAACGACACUCAGUUUAUUUUCCAGAACUUAGAGAAAACAAAUGAGCGAGGCGAGCGAGAUCGAUUGGUGCAGUUUAUCGAGGCUUUGAUGAAUAAUGAGCGAAACGCGAAGCUACUAUUGGACUGUAACGGAGUCAAAGUGUUGGUAGAACUGUUGACCUUAGCUCAUUUGCAUACAACGAGAGCCACGGUGCCUUUGCAGUCGAAUUUGAUCGAAGCUUCCCCUGAAAUGACUGGAGGCGCUUCGAGCGAGAAAGAGUGGUUCUAUACUCAAACUGAUAACAAGAAGCAGGGGCCAAUCUCAUUUGAAGAUGUGAAAGAAAUGUUCAGCAAAGGAUCUUUUGACUCGAAGACGAAAUUCUGGGCCCAAGGGAUGGAAGGUUGGAAGACGAUGAGAAAUAUCUCGCAGUUGAAGUGGGCAAUAUUGGCCAAUGACCAGGCAGUGAUGAAUGAGUCGGAGCUGUGUGUGAGAGUGUUGAACAUCCUGAAUAAGAUAUGCUCCCUCUACAGCAGCAGAGAUGCAGCAGGAGCUGUCAUCAGGCCUCUGCCAAGGAUCAGACGAAUGCUGUCGGAGCCAGCCAACUUGCCUCACCUCGUGCAGUUGUUGCUGACAUUCGAUCCAGUGAUAGUGGAAAAGACUGUGUACCUGGUGCAUAACAUCAUGCUAGACAACCCACUGGUGUCCCGACUCUACACCUCCGGCCUCUUCUUCUUCAUACUCAUGUACACUGGAUCCAACAUCCUCCCCAUCUCAGAACUGCUUCAUUACACGCACACCAAACAGGCAUUCAGAGCAGUGGAUGACACAAAUUCCGACGUCAUGAGAACCAGCAUAUUGGGAGCCCUCUUGCCGCAUGCAAUGGUUUAUUUCUUGGAGAACCACGGUGCUAAUCAAUUUGCAACUGUGUUCCUCGGAGAAUACGACACACCAGAAGCGAUCUGGUCCAACUCUAUGAGACAACACUUGAUCUUGAAGAUCGCUCAACAUAUUGCUGACUUUUCGCCACGAUUGAGAAGUAAUAACAAAGCAGUUUAUCAGUACUGCUCGUUGCCAGUUGUUUUCUAUCCGCAGUUGCAAGGAGAAUUGUUCGUCAACAUUUUCUACCUGAGAAACUUUUGUAACACCCAAAAGUUUCCGAAUUGGAAUGUUGGGGAUCCAGUGGCGCUUCUAAGAGACUGUUUGGAUACAUGGAGGAAGGAGGUUGCGAAGAAGCCUGGGUCGUUUAACGAGAAGGAGGCGUUUGAGAAACUAGGUCUGACUCCGGGUCAAGAGUACACUGAGAGCGAAGUGAGAAGAGCGUACUUCAAAUUGGCUCAGAAAUAUCACCCGGACAAGAAUCCAGAAGGAAGAGAGAUCUUUGAGGAAGUAAAUACUGCGUACGAAUUCUUGUGUCAAAGGAGAGCAAACAGUAUCUCAGAUGGACCCAACCCAGUACACAUUGACUUGCUGCUGAAAACACAGAGCAUCCUAUUCAACAACUACUCACAAGAACUGCAGCCUUACAAAUAUGCGGGAUACCCGAAUCUCCUGGCCACUAUCCAAAUGGAGAUCCAGGACGAAGCUCUGUACGCCAGAGAACUGCCUCUGCUGCCCUCAGCCACAGAACUGGCAUAUCAAACAGUCCACUGUUCUGCCCUGAAUGCGGAGGAACUGCGAAGAGAGCAUGGAUUAUUAAUACUCAGGGAUGCCAUGCUGAAGUGCUUCACAGCUGUGACAAAAGACUCAAAAGUAGAAGAAUUCCAGGUGCAAGUGUGUAAGAACGUGAUCAUGUGUUUCACUGUGGCAGCCCAGUUCGAAGACAGUAGGAAGGAGCUGUUAGAAAUGCCAGCAGUGGUCAACAACCUCUGUCGUCUCAUGGCUAUUCAGCAUCUAUCGACUCUGUGCAUUGAGGCGUGCAAGUGUGCGGGAGUGUUUGCAAGGGACUCCCUGCUGCAGUCAUCUCUGGUGGAGAGUGGGGUUUUGUGGCAUCUGUUGCUAUUCCUCUUCAAUUACGACUACACGCUGGAUGAGGCUACAGGAAUUAAUGCUGAUGCUGCCACACACGAAACGGAAAUCAAGAACCGAGUUGCCAAGAAAUCAGUGAGCGCCUUAAGAAAGCUUGCCGGAUUCGGAGGCUGUGUCAGAAGACCUUCAAACAUGAGGAAGAAGAAAUCCCACUACUCUUUGGCAAUGAGUUCGGGAGAUGCAGGAAACAUGCAACAGCAGAUGAUUGCGAAUAGUCCCGAAAUUGGAUCGCCCAAUGGCGAGGGUGUUGGAGGUGUGGCGAAUGGAACUGCAAUGACCAAUGGAGGUCCGAUGUCGAAUGGUCAGGGUGUUGGAUCGGGACCUCAAGAGGAAGAGUUGAUGUCAGGGGGUACUGGAGGCGAAGGCAGUGGGGAUGAAAUUGUCGAUGAUGGAUUCGAAAAUGACGACGGAAUCGAGUAUCCUGAGAAUGCCACUGUGCGAGCAUGCAUUAGUGCACUGCUCACUCCCUAUCUGUACCGAUGCAUGGUAGAAAAGUCAGAUUAUGAGUUCCUAAAACUACUGAAUGGAAAUACAGAGAAUCCAUACUUGAUCUGGGACAACGGAACCCGAACCGAACUCCUGGAGUACAUCAAGAGGAAUCAACAUGAGAUGUUGCGGACGGGAGAAUGCGAUGCCAGUUUUGGCUCUGAUUUCGUCUUCUCAUGUCAUCGGGAGGAGCUGGUUGUGGGAGAUAUAUACGUGAGAGUGUAUAAUGAGCAGCCCACUUUCCAACUGGAAGACGCAAAGACGUUUGCUAAGAACCUGAUCGUUUUCGUGGGCUCCGAGGCGGAAUACAUGCAGUCGAUACACAGUAUGGAGAACGGAGGAGGAGCUAGUCCUAAUAACAACUUGAUAGAUUUGAGCACUCCUACUAACGGCAGCGGGAAACACCUCACUCUGGCUGAAGAGAGAAAUGCAAGACUGAAAAAUGUGUCCCAAGCUCUAGUAGCACUUAAAAACUGCAUCAAGACUAACCAGGGAGUGGAGAAAGAAUGUAUUGGACACUUCAAACUACUUUUCUCUCUUUUGGUCAAUUUCCCACUGUCAAAACUGCAACUUCAAGCCAAAGCUUUGGAGGGCAAAACCGAUUCAGCACUACAGGUCAUAAGCUGUGUUGUGUCCAACAAAGAGUGCGUGAACAGCAUUGCCGAGUCACAGGUGCUCGGGUUUCUUCUCGUCUGCUUCGAACAACAUCCACCCUCGGUUCUGGACAUCCUAGAGUGUCUUCACCACCUUGCCUCAAACAGAGAAAUAGUUAAAGAGUGCAAACGAAAAGGAGCCUUUGUUUACGUUUUACACGAGUUCUGCAGUUCCAGAGAUCCGAAAAUACGAACGAAGUCGGCAGAGCUCUUUGCGAAGUUCAUUUCGACGACUUUGUAUGGAGCGGAAGUGACGAUAUUUUUGAAGCAGUUUCUUCCGCCACUUUUCAUGGACGCGAUGCGAGACAAUGCAGAGCAAAGUGUACAUUUGUUUGAAAGUGUUCACGAGAAUCCGGAGUUGAUAUGGAAGGAUGAAACCCGAGAAAAAGUGAAGAAAACAGUUCGUAAAUUGAGACAACAGUUGGUUACUGAACAGUUGAAGGAUCCAAAUUUCACCUUCUCUCUUCCAAAAGAUUUCUACGUGGAGGGUACUCGGCCAGGUGGACUGAUAAUUGAUGGAGUUAUUUUGAGUAUUUAUGUGUCGCAACCUGGCUGGGGUGUGAGAAGGCCGAUGGAGUUCAUGACCGAAUUGCUGGUCAAGUUCAAAGAGCAGUGUACAACAAGAAAUGUUCAAGAGGCAGAGGUGGAGCUGGUGAUCUCCGGAAUGGGAGUGUUCUUCCAAGGCCAGAGUGCUCUUCUGCCUCGGGUGUGUGAGACGGGAUGCAUUCCCUCCAUUGUCCAGGCACUCACCUCACAACAGACGUGCAUCAGUAUUGCAGCUGUGAAAGUAGUGCACAUCCUAGCUGCAGAUCCACUCUGUGUGAAGGAACUGUCGAAGUGUAAGGUUGUGGAGCCCCUGAUGGUGACAAUGAGGACUCAUCCCGAUUCUCUCGGAUUCGCUUGUGAAGCAAUCAACAAGAUGUUCACCACAGGAGACACGCAUCUAGUCAGACAGGCACUAGACGCGGAGCUGAUCGAGUUCCUGCUCAGUCUUCUAAGCAAACCCCUAGAUGGUCUCUCAAACCGGAAGUCAGUCCAGGCACAUAUCGUAGAUGCCCUUAAGGCCAUGAGCAGAGAUCCAGUGCUAGGAGAUGAGGUGUCCAAAGUGCUAGACGAAAGCAGUGUUUGGAAACAAUUCAAGAGUCAGAAAGAUGAUCUGUUUAUUGAACACACGCCGCCAGCAGGAGCCAUUACAGGUGCGCCCCAGACGACUUUAUAUCUGACAGAUACAGCCAGCAGCAACGUCAGAUCUCCUCCACCAAUCGACCCCUCAGAUCACUGACCCAAUUCAAACUCGGAUUCAAUUUAAACGAAAUUCAUCCAAACUCAUAUUAAUCAUCAAUAAAACACGUAAACAAUAAGUUCAAGUAGAAGUUAGACGUUAUCAAAUGGCAGAAUGAAAGAAUAUUUGACUAGAUUCAACUUGUGUCAAUAGACUCACUAUAUUGUUUAGAUUUUAAAAUGAUCUCACUGAAAUUGGUGGUUUCAACUUGUCGGCAAAAACGUGCCGAUCAUCAAUUCGAUCAUUGAAAAUUUAAGCGUUUCUGAUUUUGUGUGGUUGGUGAUCAAAUAGUAUGUCUAGUUGAGAUUGGUCUAAAUAAAAGAGUUCGAUCUAUAUUUCGAUAUAAAUCCUAAGUUUGAUAUAUGCAGCAAUCCAGUAAAAACAUCAUCUGAUAUUGAUGUAAUAUUGUAAAAAAAAUAAAUGCCUAAUUUUCUAAGCGUUAAAUUGUCAAUCAGGCUAUUGUAAUUUAUUCGGUUUAAUUUCUUGUGUUAAUUAUAAGCAACUGAUUAUUUGAUUAAAUAUUUAUGAAAGGUGCUAUUCACUAUCUUAUUUUCUGUCGACUUCAUAAUUGUCGUUUAUUUUAUCAUCGUUCACUAAAUUAGU